AUGGUACAGUUCAAGACCUCCUUCUUGUCUACCCUUCUUCUCGAUCCCAUCCAACCCGAAGAUUUGCACUUCCGCUAUCUCACCUCGACCACCACGCAUGCGGUAUCCCCAUACAUUGCUAAAGUCACUUCUUCGGUUGCCCCCAAGACUCGAAAGAAGGACGAGUUCGAAACGGUCGAGCGCUACGAAAACCCUUCGGAAGACCCCUCGGAAGCUUUUGGUGUCCCGGCUGGCCAGAGCUAG